UUCUGGGUAAUGCUGUCAACUUCCGGUGGCUGUGGUCCUUCUGACUGUAUCUCCCUGUUCUUCGGUCGGUGGACAUGGCUCUGGAGACUGUGCCGAAGGACUUGCGGCAUCUGCGGGCUUGUUUGCUGUGUUCGCUAGUCAAGACUAUAGACCAGUUUGAAUAUGAUGGUUGUGAUAAUUGUGAUGCAUACCUACAAAUGAAGGGUAACAGAGAGAUGGUAUAUGAUUGCACCAGCUCUUCAUUUGAUGGAAUCAUUGCAAUGAUGAGUCCAGAGGACAGCUGGGUCUCCAAGUGGCAGCGAGUCAGUAACUUUAAGCCAGGUGUGUAUGCAGUGUCAGUGACUGGUCGCUUGCCCCAAGGAAUUGUGCGGGAGCUGAAAAGUCGAGGAGUGGCCUACAAAUCCAGAGACACAGCUAUCAAGACCUAGCUGGGUGCAGGCCUACAGCGUCUUUGCUUUUUGCUUCUGGCCUUUGCUUGUUUUGUUGUGGAACUAAACAGGCAGAACUUCAAACUUGCCCUCCAAUCCAGAAUCAGCAGACUACUGAGCAAGCAGUACCCCGGGUCCUUGUGUCAUUUCACCUUCUUUGGAGUGCUGGUGGAAGUGGGAGAGCUGGGGUUGGUGGAUUCUCGGGGACUAAAUUGAGGGGAGAGUAAGAUGCUGCUUUUCCUACCCAUGCCCGUGAGCAGAACCUGGGGUCAAAUGCCAAUAAACACGAACCUCUGGAGUGUUCUUAGAGCUGUG